GGCAGGAAGAAUGACGGCAAAGUUUCCGUCUCUGCAAACAAAAUCUGACCCAGCCUCCAUGAGAAAAAGAGUUUCUGAGUAUUGGCUUUCUCUGAGCUUUGACCGCAUGUGAAUUGCCUGUCUGUUCAUUUGCAAUAUGGCUGCAAAUGAAAACGAUACCAUUUUGGAGAUACUAAAAACUUUCGAUUUUGAGGAGCUGAUCCUGGCUUUCUGCUUAUCAAUGCUCAUUGGUCUGCUGAUUGGAAUUCUAAUUUUUAUCCUCCUAACAUGGAUCUCCAGACAGAGAGCUUCAGUAAGGAUUAGCACACGUCGUAAUCCAUCAUCAGAAGAUGCUGGAUUUCACAAUCCCCAUAGCCAGCUGGGCAGCUACAGGAGCAAUGGUUUCAAUCUAAACAGUGACAGCACAAGAGCCGUGAUAAACCUAAAGAGACAGACUUCUGUUGAUCCUAAUGAAAUCCUGGGACGCAGCCCCAGCUUUCAAGCAUCCACCUUUCGGCCACCGAGGAAAAAGUGUAGUGAUGAAAAAGAAGACGAGAAUCAAAGUGCUUUGCUUCCUGACACCAUUGGUACUGACUCUGUGAAAGAUCCUUAUAAUAUGGGCCAAUCAGAAUCAUUUUGGUUAGGAAAAGGCAGUCUGAGAGGCUUCCUUCCAACACAGACUCCUCCACCUGCAUAUGACAGCGUUAUUCAUAUCUUUCAAGAAACUUACACCUGAUUUCAUGUGCAUUAGUGUUACUUUUUGUGUGCGUUUUUCAUGCCGGUGAUUAAGGCUAUGUUCUACGUCUCUGAAGGAUAAUGUUUAUAUUUCUAAAGCUUGAGGUUCCCCCUAAUCUUGCUGUGUAUGUAGAACCAAAGAUGUGCCAACUAAUGCAGGACUGAUCAUGAUUGUAUAUAUUCUGUUG